GAUUAUUGAUAAUAUAAUAAUCAUAUAUCAGAUAAUUAAUAAUAAUGGAGGAGGAGCACGACAUGAGUAAUUUGAGGGUGAGGCGCAAGAAAUCCGGGGUGGGCAUUACCUGUUGUUUCAGUGGCACCACCGUGAAACACCUCCGCCGCGCCUCCUUUGACGCCCCGAGUCCUCUCAGAUCACCCUCUGCAUGGUUUAAAUCCAAGGCCAGCGAUUUGCCGGAGAUCAAGGGAAAAUGCCGCAACUUCAUCUCUCGCAUGGGCCGACACCGCCGCCAUUCCUCCGCCGAAUUCAGUUACGAUCCUCUCAGCUACGCUCUCAACUUCGAUGACGAUCAACUAUCCCCACACGAUGACUAUGGAACCACCACCAAUUUCACCGCCAGAUUACCGGUUUCGCCACCGAGGCGGGAGGGUAAAUUGGGGAAUGAGGAUUUGAGGAGAGGAUUUGAGGCGCUGUCGAUCAUGAAUAUGAAGAGAGGAGCAAGUAGCGCGCCACAUGCAGUUGAUAUUAAGGUGGCGGGGCAGAGAAGAAACAAGGGUCGUGAAUUGUCGUCGUCUCCGAGGGGGGUUCGUAGUAGGAGCGUUGUCGAGGCUGAUGAGGUAACGUCGUCGCCCGUCGGACUUAAUUCUUCAAAUAGGAAGGUCUUGCUUCAAUUAUAACUCUUUUCUCAUCUCAUCAUCUAAUAUUUAUUCUUGAAUUUUUGGUCCAAAUGUCUGGUUAUCAAAUCUUUGAAAUCCAAAUGAUGUGUGUGUUGUGUGUGUGUGUAGUAAUAUUU